UUGUGUUUCUUUCCCACAGAUUGUCUAAAGCCACAGGGAAAAUGGUGGAAAAUUCACCGUCGCCAUUGCCAGAAAGAGCGAUUUAUGGCUUUGUUCUUUUCUUAAGCUCCCAGUUUGGCUUCAUACUAUACCUUGUCUGGGCUUUUAUUCCUGAAUCUUGGCUAAACUCCUUAGGUUUAACCUAUUGGCCUCAAAAAUACUGGGCAGUUGCGUUGCCUGUGUACCUCCUCAUUACUAUAGUGAUCGGUUAUUUACUCUUAUUUGGAAUAAACAUGAUGAGUACCUCUCCACUCAACUCCAUUCACACAAUCACAGAUAACUAUGCUAAAAAUCAACAGCAGAAGAAAUACCAAGAAGAGGCCAUCCCAGCAUUAAGAGAUAUUCCUAUUAGUGAAGUAAACCAAAUGUUCUUUCUUGCAGCCAAAGAACUUUAAACCAAAAACUGAAUUGUAUGUAGACUAAACACCAAACUUUUAUGAUAAGUUUUUGACUUACUUUGACCAUCUUUCUGAUUAACACCCAAUAUUGAAAUGUAAAAAAAGUAAGUUGAAUUUCCCUUAGAUUGUUCCAUUAAUAUUAAACUGUUCUUAAAUAGUAGUUAUUAAUAGAAUAAAUAAAGAAUAAAUAAAAUACUGCA